CACAUUACGGUACUGCUUCUAAUGAACUCAGUCUUGUGAUGGGAGCAGUUGUGUGACAGCAAGUCAGUCUUCUUUUUCUUGCAGUUAUCGCAACUUUGAUUUGUUUCUGACAAAACACAUUAUUUGAUGUAUAUGUUUUAAAUGUGUUUCUUUUUAUUUUAACCCAGUGUUUGCAAUUGUAUCGUUUUGCUAUUAGGGGUGCGCUCUUUUUCGAUCUUUUUGAUAUCACAUCUUGGACUCACCCUGGGGGAUAUUUGCUAACAUCAGGUUACCUGAUAGAAACGCCGGGGAUGCUGAAAGUCACUAUGCCCUCCUCCAGAACAGGGGCUGCUUCGGAAUACUGGAUCGACGGCUCGAACAAGGAGGAGACCCUGGCUGAUUAUUAUGAAUUGGAGUCUGAACUGGGACGGGGGGCUACUUCAGUUGUGUUUCGGUGCCGGCAGAAAGGAACACAGAGGCCAUAUGCUGUGAAAAUGCUGAAGAAGACUAAUCCUAACUGCUUACAAAACGAAACACUGCAGCUCGAACAGACGCUGCAAGCCAGCCGUUGCUGCAUGUCAAAAAAGGUUGACAAGAAGAUUGUUCGGACGGAAAUUGGUGUUUUACUUCGACUUUCACAUCCUAAUAUCAUUAAACUGAAAGAGAUCUUUGAAACCCCAGUUGAGAUCAGUCUGGUGUUGGAAUUGGUCACAGGAGGAGAGCUGUUUGACAGGAUUGUGGAGAAAGGAUAUUACAGUGAACGUGAUGCUGCAGAUGCUGUUAAACAAAUCCUGGCGGCGGUAGCAUACCUGCAUGAAAACGGAGUCGUGCAUCGCGACCUCAAGCCUGAGAACCUUCUAUAUGCCACCUCAGCUCCUGACGCACCACUCAAGAUAGCUGAUUUUGGCCUAUCUAAAAUCGUGGAUGACCAGGUCACGAUGAAGACUGUCUGUGGAACCCCUGGAUAUUGUGCUCCUGAAAUUUUGCGAGGCACUGCUUAUGGGCCAGAGGUUGACAUGUGGUCUGUAGGAGUGAUAACCUAUAUACUGCUUUGCGGGUUUGAACCGUUCUAUGAUGAAAGAGGAGAUCAGUACAUGUUCAAGAAGAUUUUAAACUGUGAAUAUGACUUUGUCUCCCCCUGGUGGGAUGAUGUGUCCCUAAACGCCAAAGAUCUGGUGAGGAAACUGAUCGUCCAGGACCCGAAAAAGCGGCUCAGCACUUUCCAGACCCUGCAGCACCCCUGGGUGACAGGGACGGCAGUUAACUUUGCACAUAUGGACAAUGCACAGAAGAAACUCCAGGAGUUCAAUGCCCGUCGCAAGCUAAAGGCUGCGGUAAAAGCUGUCGUAGCAUCAACCCGCCUUGGAAGCGCAGGAAGUCACGGCAGCCAUGACAGCACCAGGAACAGCCGCAAUCACUCGCCUGUUCAAGGGAACGAAGCCGAGGCCCAGCAGCCACAGGAACCAGCACAGACAGAGAAGGAGGGCUUAUAGGUCCCCCUGCCAAGCCCUGCCUCAGAAAGGCCUCUGGAACCUGUCAUGAUAACUGCUUUGAAAGUUUUGGAAAGUUCUGGAAAAGUGGCAUUGUUUUUUUUUUGAGAUCACACACUGAUGGUCACAGCAAUGAACAGGUUUGGAAUUGUGACAAUUCACAAUUGUGACACUUCAUUUUUAAUGCAUGUGAAUGCUUUGUCAACAAAGAAAAAUAACAAAAGCAUGAGACUGCCUAUGUGACAUGUGAAUGGGCACAAUGUUAUGAAAUGCCAAGUGUUUAAAAACACACAUGAACCAGAUAUUCCUUGCAUUUGUCUAUUUGUAGGCUGCUUCUGGGUUUCAACGGGUGAUGGGUCUUUAAUUUGUGCUUAUUAGAAUGGUUGUAGUUUAAUACUAUGUUUACCAUUAAUAUACUGAUGCACAAAAGAAACGCAACACUCAGGUCUAAUGGAUUUAAUCAAAUAUUUUAAACAUAGACAUCAAACAAAAUCACAAAAAAUGUGAACAAAAAUACAGAUCAAAGAGUCAUGGUAAGUUUUCAGUAUGAAACGUGACACGCUGUCAAAAUUAAAACAUUACAACGUUAGUAUCGGGUAUGACCUCCCUGAGCAUUAAAACAAUCCUGGCAGCGUUGACGCAUAGACCUCUGCCUUCCAGGACGUGGCCUGUCCCUCUCAGAGCCAGUUUCCUGUCUGCUGAUUGUUGAAGCAGAACAUCUCAUUCUCCAGGGCAACUUCUGUCACAGACAGGCCGCAUUCAAUCAUGCUGAUAGCAACCAGGCGAUCUUCAUUACUCAAGCAGGGAAUGGUCGUAUCUUUUGCUGUUCUUGCGUUCAUUAAAAUAAUGUCUUUUCGAAUGGCUGUUUAUACAGAUUCUUAAUCAACUCAUUUUGGCUAUUUUAACUCAACUCAAAUACAGAGCACCUGGCGUUUUUAUGAAAUCUUGAGCUCAGUAUUUUGUUAUCCCAAGGAACAAUACUACUCAAACAAUCAACAAACCUAUCUGUUCACUAUUUAAAAUGUAAAUAACAUUAUAUAUGUGCCCAAUGAGCUAUUGAUGUAAAACUUAAGACUGCUGCGUUUUCAUUGUGCAUCAGUAUAUAUAUAUUUUUUGUAGACAGCAUUGUAUCUCUAUAUAGUAAGCAUUCAAUGAUUGUUGCUGAUGCUUUGUAAGGUAUGGGAAAUUGCUUUGGGUAGUUUAAUAUUUCAAAAUGUUUACAGAACUGUAGUGUGUUAGAUUUAUAUGCAAAAUACAUUCCAUUAAUUACAGAAGAUGGAAAAUGAAUUAUUAUUCCGAAUGGCCAUGCAAUUGUACCAAUUUUUGAUCUUGUAAAGAGAAUGCCUUAUUGUACCUUCACUGGUUUGUACAUUUUAUUAGUGACAACAAAUAAUAGUUCAUACCUUGUAAUUAUUACACUGAUACUGUAAAGAGCUGCGUGUGAAAAACAUGGUGUGCACAAAAAAAUACUAGCUCUGAUCUACAGCAUUGUAUUUAGCAGAUUCAGAGAGAUAAAAUUGAGUUGUCAUUAUGUUCUACUGCAAGAUAUUUACAGAGCUUGUUAAGGCAUUUAAAACCGUUGGCUUUUGUAUGAAAACCUCAAAGAUGUCCAAUUUUACAUUUUUAACAAGCUCCCUCCCCAUUUGUUUUACUGCAGCACUAACGAGUUGCAAGGCACUGCAGGUCCAGUAAAAUAGAAUUUGAAUGUUUAGCAAUCAUGGCAAAUACAUUUGCUUCAAUGGACUGCACUGCUUUUAUUUUGGGUCGUUUUAAAAAUAUACCACUCUGCUGUUCCUAAACUUGUAAAUAUAUAUUUUGUGAUAUACCUGUAUUUAUUAUGGCUAAUGGGCUGAAUGUCACAGAAAUCAGGCAGCUUUUUUUAAUGUAUAAUAUUAACAGCCAACCUGGUAAAUGGAUGAAGAGCUAGCCUUGUGUUCUACGCAACUUAUUUGCCAGUGUGUUUGUUUGUUCUUUAUUCCUAUAGUCUUCAGGUAAUGCUGUGGUCGGGGUGUAAUUGCAUUUUCUCGUCUUUGACUGACCACUUUGAUUUCCAUAAAGCGACUCAAACAAGACUCUGUGCAUGUCUUUGAUGCGGGGGGCACUGUUUUGCAUGGGGAACAAUUAUACAACAAAACCCUGAGAUUGUCUUUAUAUAAUGUACUGUAUUUUAAUUAUUUAUAUAAAAUAAAAGGUAUGUUUUAACAGUCGAAA